AUGGCCCUAUUGCAUCAGAACGAUCAGCGCGUCCAGAAAGGCUUCUCGUGCGUCCUCUGUGCUCAACGGAAAGUAAAGUGCGACAGACGUCCCGGUGGAUGUGAGAAUUGUACAAAAGCCCGCAUACCCUGCGUCUACAAAGCUCCUCCACCACCACGCAGAAGGAAGAGGGGUGCACGAGAUGUUGAUACCACAACUAGGAUACGACUAUACGAAGACGCACUUCGUCAUCUUGGCGUGGACCCAGAAGAGGUCGUAAAGCAGGGGUUUUCAAAGGAUGCGGCUGGUGAGGAUAUCUCCGGAAUCAAUGGCUUUCUCGAAACUCGCCUUCACGAUAAAGCACAAAUAUCUUCUCUUCCUCCACAAGUCGGCGUUCUUGUCUCAGAAGAAGGAAAGUCGCGGUAUCUGGAAAACGGUAUCUGGACGAGUCUAAGGGGCGAAUUUCGGGAACCGAGAGAACUCUUUGACGACGACUCUUCAGAAGACGAAACAGCCGGAAUCAUAUGGAUUUUUUCCGGGGUCGCUCAACGAAUCGGCCAGCGGAUUGGUCUCCACAGAGAUGGCGAAUCGCUCAAGCUUCCACCGUUCGAGACGGAGGUGCGUAGGCGACUAUGGUGGCAGAUUAUGCUACUUGAAGGCUUUUCACAGAAGCUCGCGGGUACUGGCGCUUCUAGCAGUACUCUUAUGAACGAUGUGAAGAUGCCAUCUAAUAUCAACGACAGUGAUCUGUUUCCAGGUAUGAGAGAGACGCCAAAGGAGCAUGAGGGAGCGACAGAGAUGAUGUUCUUCCUGAUUCGAUGUUCCGUUGGCCAGUUCCUCAAGCAUUCUGCUGACACCCAUGCUACCUUCGAUGGUGUUUGGCAUAGGGUCACGACCAGCGCUGUAAAUUCGGCCAUUAAGGACAAAGCUAUUGAUGAACUGGAGGCACUCUUCCAUCGCAAGUAUUUGCGCUAUUGCGAUCCAUCAAUAACCUGGCACUUGAUGUGCACUCACCUUGGGAAAGCGAUCAUCUUUAUGAUGAGGUUCAUGGCCCAUAGCACAGAGUACUACAGCGCCGGGAUGGCUCAACAAGAGAAAGAAGUUUUAUUUGACCUCGCUCUUCAGGUCUGCGCUUCACAGAACCUCGCGUACACCAUGAAAGAGAUGCAAGGCUUCAUGUGGCACGUCAACCUCCACUUUCAAUGGAAGGCAUUCAUCUACCUCCUCUCUGAGCUUCGCUACCGGACAGAAGGCGAGCAAGUAGAACUAGCGUGGAAAGAGAUCGAGAAGACCUUUGAGUUCCACCCAAGUUUUGAUAAGGAGCUAUCGGUGAGAGCACUACCUGUUGCUGUGAGCAACCUCACGCUUAAAGCUUGGGAUGCCUACUUCACAGCACGGGGUAUGCCUGCAGGCGGGGAGCCAUAUUUCAUCCAGCUCAUACGUGGUAAACGGACCCGCGCAAAGAACCUGAGUAGUGGUAGGGAGCAUGCAGACACCCCUAAAACCCCAUCACUACCGAGGGAUGUAGAUGACAAUAGGAAAAGCAUGAUCAAUGAUGAUCUUCCACAUCAAGCAGCUCCAUUCCAGGCUUUCGACUGGAACGUGGCAGAUUUCAAUGCCAGCCUGGGUACAGCCUACAAUAUCCCGGAAAUGGUGCCACUGGAUAAUCCCGAACAGAUGAACUGGUCGACUUGGGAUAGCCUUUUCGUCGACUUUCAGACAAGCAACACCUACGAUUUUCAGAUCAACAACUCUCAGGACUAUCCCACGGAUGUCUCGGCGCUUCUCGACAGUGGCGCGUUUUCCGAUCUCACCGUAACUUGCGGUUCCGACUCGUACAAGGUCCACAAGAACAUCGUAUGCGCUCGUGGCGAUUUCUUUGCCCGCGCAAUUAGGUUCGAUGGCAAGGAAGCUGAAGAGCGCAUCAUUGAUCUUCCUAAUGACGACCCAACUAUGGUCAAGCUCUUGAUCCAAUACAUGUACGAAGGGGGAUACGAUCCUACUCUUCCUGAUGACUUAGUUCAAGGUUCUGUGGCUUUUCCCUUUGCAUAUAACGCGACUAUCGCGACACCGUCGAAGAAGAAGUCAAAGAAGGGUGCCUCAGCCGCCAAAACAAAGGCUUUCCCUCACAUCUGCUCCGACAACCGUUAUGGCUAUAUAUGUCGAGAUGACCUAUGCGACCAUCAUGUGUGCGGCGAAGACUGCACUCGCUCGUGUGUGGAAUUCACGUGUAAGCAAUGCUACCCACCAACUUCCCCAGUUCCCGACAUUCAAGGACCGGCAAGCCAGUUACUUGUACACGCAGAAAUGUACGAGAUUGCCGACAAGUAUGACAUCGUCGGACUCAAAGACCUAGUUGUGGAGAAGUUCAACCGGGCCUGCCAGAACUUCUGGGACGACCCGACUUUCGCCAUCGCGGCUCAUCACGCAUUCUCUACUACGCCUGAUCACGACAAGGGCCUGCGCGACAUCGUCUCCAAGACCAUUUCGGACCACAUGGUUGCUCUCGUCCAGAAGCCGGAAGUGGAAGCCUUGCUCACAGAGUUUAAUGGACUGGCGUUCGGAUUGCUCAAGAUGAAGACGGAGGGUGGUUGGUGCUGAAGAUAUUGAAUUCGGGAUUCGGGAUAGGUUGUGGUACUGGGAUAAUGGGUUGUGUCCAUGAGAACUCAGUCGAAGAUGCGAUACUUUCAGCAUAGUUCAGCACAUCAAGUGUUGCUUAUUCUCAUGGUCCUAUAACAGAUAGGUACAAUACAUGAGCUUCUCAUUGAAUUCGCUCUAUUGCGCCUCACCGCAUGUCGCUCCUUCCAGCUCUACUACUUCAUGGUUAU